AAACACUAGCUAGCACCGCCGUUUCUUCUAAACCCUAGCGCCGCCGCUUCUUCUAAACCCUAGCGCCGCCGCUUCUUCUCUGUAAACCGUAGCGCCGUUUCUCUGUAAACCCUAACGCCGAUCUAUAACCACAAUGACGAGUACUCGAACUCCUUCUGCGACUAAUCAGACAAAAAGGAUGGAUAUUCCAGAACUCCCCCGUAGGUUAUACACAUUAGGGGAAGAGCCAGAACCCCACAAUAGCAUUUCGUAUCAUACGGAUAACACGAAGUUGCAUACUGCUCUUAGGGAAGCUCUCACUGAUGCUGAAUUUGAAGAGCUCAAGGAGUCGAGAUUGGGAGUUUUCAUCAAGUUCAAGGAGCAGGGAUUUGGUUGGGCUUCAAGGCUGGUUCACCACUUGCUCGGUUUAAAGCUGGACAUUAAGAAGAAGUACGAGAUGUGGUGUCUCGUUGGUCCAGAACCUGCGAGGUUUUCACUGUUAGAGUUUGAAAACAUCACUGGUCUAAACUGCGACUACAUCGAGGACCUUGAGACACCAGAAUGUGAAGUUACCCCACAGAUGGUUUCUUUCUGGGAGAUGAUGGGAGUUCAUCGGGAAGCUGGGCCAAGUACUGAUCAGAUAAUAGCAGCACUGAAGAGAUUUUGA